AUAAGAGAAGCAAGUGAAAAAAGCCACAACGACCCAAGAAACUUAAGAGAACUCGAUAAUUAUGCUCAAGAAAGGAAUAAGGCUCAUAAUCAAGCUCAAUCAAACAUAGUUCAUGUACAAUGCCCUAGAAACAUACUAGUAUGAAAUACACUAUAUAUCAUAAAGCACAUGUAUUUAUGUCUUUAUGAUCCGCUUUUGUAAGCCAGCAGUCAUUCCCAUCUUUAUCUCCCUUCUUGCUUCGAUUUUGUUACUUCCCUCCAAUAUAUUUGUUCUAAGUUCCCUAUUCCAAUUUAUAUAUUUGUUCUAUGCUAGAAUCUCCUUCUAGCUAGCUAUUUCAAUGGAAGAACACAUGUACAUAAGGGGAGGUAACUCCAGUUGUGGCCGGAUGGAAUCCAUCGAUGCCCAGCUUUCAUAGUCAAAUACCAUUUUAAACGUUGCCUUAAUAAGUGUGUGAAGUCAAACAUGUAUCCUCUAUCUAUUGUGUUGGUCGGUGUUGGUGACGGACCUUGGGAAAACAUGAAAAGUUUUGAUGAUAGAAUUCCAGCUCGUCAGUUUGAUAAUUUUCAGUUUGUUAAUUUUACAGACAUGUCAACCUUUAGUGAUAAUUCUGUGAAGGAAACUAGGUUUGCUCUUGCUGCCCUUAUGGAGAUCCCUAUCCAAUAUCAAGCUACCAAAGAACUUGGUCUACUAGGGCGAGUGACAGGUAAAGCAAAGAAGGUAACUCCACGACGUCCACCACUUUCUUCUACUCCUCGACCAACGGGAGAAGCAAGCAAUGUUCUAAUGCCAGCAGAAGACAGCCAAAGUCAGGCUUGCCCAGUGUGUUUCGAGAGUAGGAAAGACAUGGCAUUCAAUUGUGGACACACUAUCUGCAAGGAUUGUGGUGAAAGAGUGGAUAACUGUCCAAUUUGUCGCCAGCUAAUUACAGAUCGUAUUCGCCUCUAUAUCUGACUGCAAGCAGGAGCGGAUCGUCAUGGAUCUUAAUAUAGGGUUUAUGCUACAAAGUUAUCCAUUCAUCUUAAAUAAAACUUCGCAAUUUAA